AUGUUCUCGGACGCACCGGCGCCCGGCACGCGCAGCGACAAGUUCGGGCCUGGUACGUGGAGCGGCUUGGCGCUGGCGGGCGUCGUGGGCAGCGGUAUCGUGUACUACUACUACUCGGAGAAGGACCGGCUGCAGACCCAGUCCACGAGCAAGGUGACGUCGGUGGGCAAGCCGCUGCUGGGCGGACCAUGGACUCUCGUGGACUGCGACACGAGGCGCGCGCUGGUGCGCAUCGGCGACGUGCUGGACAAGCUGGAGGCGGAAAAGUGCCCUAAGGUCGCUCCGCUGUUCGUGACGGUGGACCCCAAGCGCGACACCGUGGGGCAGAUGCAGGCCUACAAGGCCGACUUCCACCCAAAGUUCAAGAUGCUUACGGGCACGCGCGACCAAGUGGCGGACAUCACCAAGGCCUACCGCGUGUACUUCUCCAAGGCAGACGAGAACGAGGAGGAGGACGACGACUAUCUGGUGGACCACUCCAUUGUGAUGUACCUCGUUGGCCCUGACGGUGAGUUCCUCGACUUCUUCACCCAGGCGGCGCGCGUCGACGAUAUCGCCGCGAAGAUCAAGUCGUAUUUUUAA